GUGGUUUCUGGUUCCGGGGGCGCCCUGCGGUGCAAGUGGAGCGGCGAGAGACUCGUAGAGGGGAAGCAGUGUGGAGCCCGGCCAGCCCACUCAUACACCAAACCAUGAAAUCUACAGCACCUCUGCUGCACUCUCACUCCAUCAGGCAAAUCCUCCUCCUGCUGGCCAUGUGGUUUAAUACUUCAGCCCAUAGUGAAAUAGUAAACCUCGAUAGUGGAAAUAUUGAUGAAAUCUUAGGCAAUGCAGAUGUUGCACUAGUAAAUUUUUAUGCUGAUUGGUGUAGAUUCAGUCAAAUGCUACACCCCAUCUUUGAAGAGGCCUCUUCGGUUGUGAAAGAUGAAUUUCCAGACUCGAAGCAUGUAGUCUUUGCCAGGGUUGAUUGUGACCAACAUGCGGAUAUAGCACAAAGGUACCGAAUUAGUAAGUAUCCAACAUUGAAAUUAUUCAGAAAUGGGAUGAUGAUGAAGAGGGAGUACAGAGGUCAAAGAUCAGUGAGUGCACUUGCAGACUUCAUCAAGCAGCAGAAAAAUGAUCCUGUUCAAGAGAUUCUGAAUCUGAGCGAAUUGGAAACAGUUGAUCGCAGCAAGCGAAACAUCAUUGGAUUUUUUGAACAGAGAGAUUCCGACAAUUACAGGGUCUUUGAAAAAGUGUCCAAUAUUUUACGGGAUGAUUGCAUCUUUCUGGCUGCGUUUGGGAGUGUUGCAAAACCGGAGAGAUAUAGUGGUGAUAACGUAAUUUACAAACCACUUGGGGAGAAUAGUCCUGACAUGGUGUAUUUGGGUUCAUUAACCAACUUUGACCUGACAUUUGCCUGGACUCAAGAUAAGUGUGUUCCACUGGUUAGGGAAAUUACUUUUGAAAAUGGUGAGGAGCUAACUGAAGAGGGCUUACCAUUCCUUAUACUGUUUCACUUGAAAGAGGACACCACAAGCUUGGAGAAAUUCCAGCAAGAAACUGCACGACAGUUGAUCAGUGAGAAAGGUACAAUAAACUUCCUGCAUGCUGACUGUGACAAGUUCCGUCAUCCUCUUCUGCAUAUACAGAAGACACCAGCAGACUGCCCAGUCAUCGCUAUUGACAGUUUUAGGCAUAUGUAUGUCUUCCCAGACUUUAAAGACUUAGAUACUCCAGGUGCACUGAAACAGUUUGUAUUGGAUCUACAUUCUGGGAAAUUACACAGGGAAUUCCACCAUGGUCCAGAUCCCACUGAUGUUGCUCCCGGACAGCCAAGUGAAGUCGCAAGCAGCCCCCCAGAAAGCUCAUUCCAGAAAUUGGCUCCAAGUGAGCACAGGUAUACCAUUCUCAAGAGAGAGAAAGAUGAAUUAUAGAUCUAUGAAGGAACUGUACAAGACCAGAAAUCAAAGAGCUUUGCCUGAUGGGGCAGAAAUACUAAGCCUAUAUUUUCAUAAGUCUGUGUGUACAGUUUUUAUUUUGGAUAAAACAAAAAAAAUGUUUGACAAAUUGUGGGUUUUUAUUUUUCUUUGCUUCCCUGGCUUGUGAAUAUGUUGAUGUACUGUGGUCAUUCAGUGUAGUAGAUUUUAAUAAAACUGUUAAGUGUAUAACUGCUGGAAAACACUGAUCAUUUGCAGAUCCUAAAUUUUUCUAAUAAAAGGCCAUAUCUUGUAUUAGGAUUUGACAAGAGUAUGCUUGCCACAUACUUUCACUGUCCCAUUAAACAGGUCUCAUCUUUUGGUGUUCUGUUUCCACAUUGUCAAUGCAAUUUUUCUUUAAGUGGAAAAUGUUCAUUUAUUACUUGCUAUGUGGGAGCGGCUUGAGGUGUUCCUGUUUCACAUUCCUUUGAGGAUGUGUUGACCUUAAUUUUGAGGAAAUAAUAAAAUAAGUGGCCUACCAAGAUGGGUGAAGAGAUUUUGUUCAAGUUGUGAUCAUACAAUUUGCAUUCCAAUUAGUUUUAAAAUAAAUAUUUUAAUAAAGCACUUAAAAUAUACAAAAAUCAA